UAGAUGUGCAUCGGUCGUGGCUAAAGUACCCUGGGCCCUGUAAUCAGUUAUGCAGUGACGACUCUACUCCCCUUGUGCCCCUAUGUGAACCAGAGAAAACCAGUCGCCUCUCGGUGGCUGCUAGUUGGAGUGCUAAGCUCGUAUGUGUACCUCAACCACACAUCUUAGAACUGACAUCGACUCUCAGGAACAUGUUUUGGGCAGCACUCGAUGCAAGGGGGUUCAUUUUCAUCCCCAAUGUGUUUUGUUUUUCUUUCUUCUUUCCUAACCUGCAUUUCCGUACCAAACGCAUUCAGGCGUACCUAUCCAUUGUUGAAUGAGACGCGCGCGUUGUGGACGCCAGGUUGCCACAACGAUGCCAGGAUUCAUCAGUACCAUAAUAGGACAUCGACUUCUUCUAACAAUCAUCCGGAUUCUGGUGCACAAGCACACGACGUCGGGCAUAUGCUUUCUGAGUUUAUCUUGCACGUUCACACCGACAGCACUCCCGGAUGUCUACAUAUCAUGUACUGCCUGAGGGAGCAGGUGAGUCACCAACGGGUGCUCACCCGUUUUCUGAGGAGAGCGGAUCCUCCGCUGGUCCUUCGUGAAUCCACACAGAUAUCCUAUCUGCGUAAGAACCACAAAGCCCUCGUCCAGCGCUCAGCAUCAACGCAUCAUCCGGACUUCGCACGCGAAGUACAACUCGGUUUACAUGGAGCAGCUCCGAACCAGAAAGCACCGUAAGGAUGCCCGGACAAGUGACAGAAACACUACAUACUAGUACAUACAAAUCGUGAUGUCAUGGCGACAUUCGAAACC